GUUCGUCUCUCGACCCGAGACUGGGUCAUACAUGCCGUUGCAGAAGAAACGCCUAUUGAUCUCAACGAGAUGGCGAACCGAAUCCUAGUCCGACCCCUCGCCAUGCUAGUGCUCGAACCCAUCAUCAUCCUCGUGACUCAUUACAUGUCCUUUGUAUAUGGUCUCAUCUACCUUUGUUUCGAAGCAUAUCCAGCAUCCUUUCAAGAGGACCGGAGUUUGAACAGCGGUGUUAGAGCUCUUUCGUUCUUGGCUAUAAUACUUGGCGUUACAAUCGGGGCUAUCAUCAUUGUCAUCUUCUCCAGGACCCGGUUUACACGCAUAAUCAAAGAUAAAGGUCAUCUGCCACCUGAGCCGCGGCUUCUACCCAUGAUGAUCGGCGGGGCAUGUUUUCCCAUUGGUCUUUUCUGGUUCGCCUGGACCUCCAGCCCUAGCAUAUCAUGGGUACCGCAAGCCAUAGCUGGGGUUCCACUAGGAAUGGGUGUACUGUUUAUAUUUCUGCAAGGCCAACCCUACAUUAUCGAUAAUUACCUGAUGAACGCAAACAGCGCCCUCGCUGCCAACGCUGUAGUGCAAGCACUGUUUGAGGCAGGAUUUCCAAUGUUUGCAACAGCCACGUAUAAAAAGCUGGGGGUUGAUUGGGCCACCAGUGCUCUUGGCUUCAUAGCCGUCGGGCUUUUCCCAGUUCUAAUCCUUUUCUAUAUUUUUGGCGAGAGAAUUAGGAAGCUUAGCCGAUAUUCUCCAAAUGGCGGCCGUCCAGAAUAG